AUUUGUCCAGAUCUUCUGCUAUGAAUCAUGGCGUCACAUUGCCGCGUUCUGUGUGCUGAAGGAGCCAUUCACCGAUUGAAUUGCGGCGUCGCAUCGAUAUCGGGUAUAUCCUCGCGUUCUGAUUGAAGUAUUUACAUAAAAUACGAAAAAUCGCGUAUGUAGCAUAUGUGUAGCAUACAACCGUGGUGUGAAAAUUGCGCCAAGAAUAUUGCUAUCGUACUACGUAAAUGCAACAAACUGUUUAACAAUGGCUGAAGAAGGUAAAAAGAUUUCCUUUGGUUUUGCCAAAUCCAUAAAGAAACCGACGUUGGUCAAGCAAGUGCCACAGGAGAAGAAAAAGGUAGACUACAUCGAGUGUCUCGACGGAAAGGCGAUUAAGGUAAUCGGAGAAGAAGCCAAGGAAGAGUCACCCCUUAUUAUUCCACUAUUGGGUCCCAAGACUUGGCAUGAUAGAAUUAUUAAUAAAAUAGAUGCUGACAUCUUCGAACCAAAAACAAAAACUGAAAAUGACACGCAGACUGUUAAAGUCAAGGAAGAGUCGAAAGAAGUAUCUAAUGGAGACAUAACAAUGGAGAUUAAUAAAGAUAUAUCUAAUGUACAGAUAAAAACAGAACCGCAAGAUGAAAAGGAAGGUAAAAGUCUUACUUUGGAAGAACAAGCAGCUAGAGAAAUUGUAGAGGAUCUUAAAUCAGCGGAGAAAAAGGAUGACAAGUUAGACAAUCUAACGUUACCCUUAACGGAAGAAGCACAUUUAAGGGGCAUGGAAGAAAGUACAUUAGAAGAUUAUGAGAAGAUUCCAAUAGAUGCCUUCGGUUUGGCAAUGUUACGAGGAAUGGGAUGGAAACCUGGCAAAGGGAUCGGCAAAAAUGAAAAAAUUGUAGCGUCUGUUGUACCUGAAUUACGGCCAAAAGGAAUGGGGCUUGGUGCGGACAAGAUGGCAUUGCAAAAACAGAAUGGGAAAGUUCAGAAGCAGGAGGAAGAGUUACGAAUGGAGAAAGGAACUUUUAUAAAAAUCAUCGCUGGCAAGCAGUCCCACGCGUACGGCCAAAUAGAAGGCUUUGAUGAAGAUGUCGGAAGAUUAAUCGUGAAAAUGGCUCUCAGUGGAGAUACCAUAUCUGUCAACGAAUGCACAGUUCAAGCGGUGACAAAGGCAGAAUUCAUAAAAAAUUCCAAAGUCCUAACGCUACGUUUAGCGUUGGUACAACUGGCUGUCGGCGAGGACAAGGCGGCGAAUAUCGCGCGGGCCAUUUCUUUCAUCGAGCGCGCCAAGCAGCAAGAACUUGCCGACAUCGUGACGCUCCCCGAAUGCUUUAAUUCUCCGUACGGAACAUCUCACUUCGCCAAGUACGCCGAGAGCAUUCCCGAUGGCGAGACGUGCGUGGCGUUGUCCGGAGCGGCGAGGAGGAACAAUGUCUACGUGAUCGGCGGCACGAUACCGGAGAGGGAUGACGGGAAACUGUACAAUACCUGCACCAUAUGGGCGCCCGACGGAAAGCUCGUGGCCAAGUACAGAAAGAUGCACCUGUUCGACAUCGACAUCAAGGGAAAGAUCACUUUCCGCGAGAGCGAUUCGUUGUCGGCCGGCAACUCCCUUACCACCUUCGAAGUGGGAGGUUGCAAAAUCGGCAUCGGCAUUUGCUACGAUAUCAGAUUUGAGGAGCUGGCACGACUCUACAGAAACAAAGGUUGCCAAAUGUUGAUAUAUCCGGGAGCGUUCAAUAUGACCACUGGCCCGCUGCAUUUCUCGUUGCUGCAACGUGCCAGAGCAAACGACAAUCAAUUAUACGUAGCUUGCGUAUCGCCAGCACGUGGCUCGCCGCCUGGAUACGUCACUUGGGGACACAGCCAGCUAACCAAUCCUUGGGGUGAGAUACUUCACGAAUUGGAUGCUGGCGAGGAUAUGGUGGUCUCUGACAUAGAUUUGAAGGUCGUGGAUGAGGUCAGGGCGCAAAUUCCGACGUUCAGUCAACGCCGUACGGAUCUGUACGACACCGUUUGGAAGCAGGACGUUUAGAAAGGUAUCAUGAUACACAACGUUGAUAUUCACGUGUCAUUCUGCAAUCAUGCAAAUAAAUUUUAUUACUCUGCAAUAUA